ACGCCGACGGCGGCCGGCGCUUCCGCCUCGCGGGCCUCGGCCCGGCGCGAGCGGCACCGCGAUGUGGCUGAGCCCGGAGGAGGUGCUGGUGGCCAAUGCGCUGUGGGUGACGGAGCGGGCCAACCCCUUCUUCGUGCUGCAGCGGCGCCGGGGCCACGGCAAGGGCGGCGGCCUCACGGGUCUUCUCGUGGGCACCCUGGACGUGGUGCUGGACUCCAGUGCCCGCGUGGCCCCUUACCGCAUCCUGCACCAGACCCAGGACUCCCAGGUCUACUGGACAGUGGCGUGUGGUUCUUCCCGCAAAGAGAUCACAAAACACUGGGAAUGGCUGGAAAAUAACUUGCUCCAGACACUGUCCAUCUUCGACAGUGAGGAAGAUAUCACCACCUUCGUCAAGGGCAAGAUACACGGCAUCAUCGCAGAAGAGAACAAGAACUUGCAACCCCAGGGAGACGAGGACCCCGGGAAGUUCAAGGAGGCCGAGCUGAAGAUGCGGAAGCAGUUUGGGAUGCCUGAGGGCGAGAAGCUGGUGAAUUACUACUCCUGCAGCUACUGGAAGGGCCGCGUGCCCCGGCAGGGCUGGCUCUACCUGACCGUCAACCACCUGUGCUUCUACUCCUUCCUGCUGGGGAAGGAAGUGAGCCUCGUGGUGCAGUGGGUGGACAUAACGCGUCUGGAGAAGAACGCCACCCUGCUCUUCCCCGAGAGCAUCCGUGUGGACACUCGCGACCAGGAGCUCUUCUUCUCCAUGUUCCUCAACAUCGGCGAGACCUUCAAGCUCAUGGAGCAGUUGGCCAACCUGGCCAUGCGGCAGCUGCUGGACAGUGAGGGCUUCCUGGAGGACAAGGUCCUGCCCAGGCCUGUCCGGCCACACAGGAACAUCUCAGCCCUGAAGCGAGACCUGGACGCCCGAGCCAAGAAUGAGUGCUACCGAGCCACGUUCCGGCUACCCAGGGAUGAGCGGCUGGACGGCCACACGAGCUGCACCCUGUGGACACCUUUCAACAAGCUGCACAUCCCUGGCCAGAUGUUCAUCUCUAACAACUACAUCUGCUUCGCCAGCAAGGAGGAGGACGCGUGCCACCUCAUCAUACCCCUGAGGGAGGUGACCAUUGUCGAAAAAGCCGACAGCUCCAGCGUGCUGCCCAGCCCCCUGUCCAUCAGCACCAAAAGCAAAAUGACAUUCUUGUUUGCCAACCUGAAAGACCGUGAUUUCUUGGUUCAGAGGAUCUCUGACUUCCUCCAGAAAACGCCAUCCAAGCAGCCAGGCAGUAUCGUUGGGAGCAGGAAAGCCAGCGUUGUGGACACUAACACAGAGUCUCCAGCUCCUCAGGAGGUGCCGGAGCAGCCUGCCAGCCCAGCCUCUCCCCUCAGCAGCCGACAGAGCUUCUGUGCGCAGGAGGUGCCAACCGCAUCCCAGGGCCUGCUCAAGCUCUUCCAGAAAAACUCGCCCAUGGAGGACCUUGGAGCCAAGGGGGCCAAGGAGAAGAUGAAAGAGGAAUCAUGGCACAUCCACUUCUUCGAGUAUGGGCGUGGCGUGUGCAUGUACCGCACAGCCAAGACACGGGCACUGGUCCUGAAGGGCAUCCCUGAGAGCCUCCGGGGAGAGCUAUGGCUCCUCUUCUCUGGGGCCUGGAAUGAGAUGGUGACUCACCCCGGCUACUAUGCUGAGCUGGUGGAGAAGUCCACUGGGAAGUAUAGCCUGGCCACAGAGGAGAUCGAGCGAGACCUGCACCGCUCCAUGCCCGAGCACCCUGCCUUCCAGAACGAGCUCGGCAUUGCUGCCCUCCGGCGGGUGCUGACCGCCUAUGCCUUCCGAAACCCCACCAUCGGCUACUGCCAGGCGAUGAACAUCGUGACCUCGGUGCUCCUGCUCUAUGGCAGUGAGGAGGAGGCCUUCUGGCUCCUGGUGGCCCUGUGCGAGCGCAUGCUGCCCGACUACUACAACACCAGGGUGGUGGGAGCCCUGGUGGACCAAGGCAUCUUCGAAGAGCUCACAAGAGACUUCCUGCCGCAGCUCUCAGAGAAGAUGCAGGACCUGGGGGUGAUCUCCAGCAUCUCCCUGUCCUGGUUCCUGACCCUCUUCCUCAGUGUCAUGCCCUUCGAGAGCGCUGUGGUCAUCGUCGACUGCUUUUUCUAUGAGGGCAUCAAGGUGAUCCUGCAGGUGGCCCUGGCCGUCCUGGACGCCAACAUGGAGCAGCUGCUGGGCUGCAGCGACGAGGGCGAGGCCAUGACCAUGCUGGGCAGAUACCUGGAUAAUGUGGUCAAUAAGCAGAGUGUCUCUCCUCCUAUCCCACACCUCCAUGCUUUGCUGACCAGCGGCGAUGACCCCCCUGCAGAGGUGGACAUCUUUGAGCUCCUGAAAGUGUCCUAUGAGAAAUUCAGCAGCCUGAGGGCCGAGGACAUCGAGCAGAUGCGGUUUAAACAGAGGCUGAAAGUGAUCCAGUCCUUGGAGGACACAGCCAAGAGGAGUGUGGUCCGAGCUAUACCUGUGGACAUUGGUUUCUCAAUUGAAGAGCUGGAGGACCUUUACAUGGUGUUUAAGGCCAAGCACCUGGCGAGCCAGUACUGGGGGAGCAGCCACACAGUGGCCGGCCGUCGGGACCCCAGCCUGCCCUACCUGGAGCAGUACCGGAUUGAUGCCAGCCAGUUCCGGGAACUCUUUGCCAGCCUGACACCCUGGGCCUGCGGCUCCCACACGCCUGUGCUGGCAGGUCGCAUGUUCAGGCUCCUGGACAAAAACAAGGACUCGCUGAUCAACUUCAAGGAGUUCGUGAUGGGGAUGAGAGGGAGAUGGGCAGCGCAGGCUGUGAAGAGGGUCCCACUCGUACCCCGUGGAAGGGGCUCUGCAGCCAUCUUGCCAGCCCCAGCCCCUUCCCUGGCCUUCUCCACAGGCGGGAUGUACCACGGGGACCUGACAGAGAAGCUCAAGGUGCUCUACAAGCUACACCUUCCCCCAGCUCUGAGCCCAGAGGAAGCCGAGUCAGCCCUGGAGGCAGCCCAUUAUUUCACAGAGGACAGCUCCUCAGAAGCAUCUCCUCUGGCCUCAGAUCUGGAUCUUUUCCUGCCCUGGGAGGCUCAAGAAGCACUACCACAGGAAGAGCAAGAAGGAAGUAGCGGUGAGGAUGUCCAGGAAAAGAGAGGAGAGGAGAAGGGGACCAGCUCUCCGGACUAUCGGCACUACCUUCGAAUGUGGGCCAAGGAGAAAGAGGCUCAGAAGGAGACGAUUAAGGAUCUUCCCAAGAUGAACCAGGAGCAGUUCAUUGAGCUGUGCAAGACGCUUUACAACAUGUUCAGUGAAGACCCCAUGGAGCAGGACCUGUACCACGCCAUCGCCACCGUGGCCAGCCUCCUGCUCCGCAUCGGAGAGGUGGGGAAGAAGUUCUCGGCCCGCACAGGCAGGAAGCCCAGGGACUGUGCCACUGAGGAGGACGAGCCACCAGCACCCGGACCCCAUCAGGACGCAGCCAGGGAGCUUCAGCCCCCAGCUGCAGGAGACCCCCAAGCCAAAGCCGGCGGAGACACACACCUCGGGAAAGCCCCACAGGAGAGCCAGGUGGUGGUGGAGGGGGGCAGCGGCGAGGGACAGGGCUCACCCUCCCAGCUGCUGUCUGACGAUGAAACCAAAGACGACAUGUCCAUGUCCUCAUACUCGGUGGUCAGCACGGGCUCCCUGCAGUGUGAAGACCUCACAGACGACACGGUGCUGGUGGGAGGGGAGGCCUGCAGCCCCACAGCCCGCAUCGGGGGCACUGUUGACACCGACUGGUGCAUCUCCUUCGAGCAGAUCCUGGCCUCCAUUCUGACGGAGUCCGUGCUGGUGAACUUCUUUGAGAAGAGAGUGGACAUUGGACUCAAGAUCAAGGACCAGAAGAAAGUGGAGAGACAGUUCAGCACCGCCAGUGACCAUGAGCAGCCCGGAGCUUCCAGCUGAGGCCUGCAGCAGUGAGGCCUGGCCCGAGGUGUCAUUGGUGGAACUGGCCUCAUCUCCUGCCUUUCCUCCCUUUUCAGUUUCUCUUGAAAGGUGUGCCCCUCCUGCUCUCCCAGGAGCAGUGAGUUGUGAAUGGAAAGAAGGCUGGUGCAGACCCAGCUGCCUUAGACAGAUUCCCUGGGCCUGCAUCUCCUGGCGCCGGCUGCUUCUGGGCCCAGGAAGAGGCUGUGGCUCCCACCUUCCUUACACCUGCUGGGAGCACGCCUUGCACCAGCUGCACACGCUUAGUGUUAGAGGCUCUCAGAUCUGCCCUUGCUUGCCUCAUACCUCCGUGCCUGCACUGUGGCCAGGCCAGCUGAGUCCCUCCAUCCGUGGAUGCUCUCCUGCAGCUGUGUGGUGCAGGGGUCAUUCCUGCCGCUUGGCACCAGGUGGGGGGCAUGUGCUUGUUGGGCAGCAAAGUGAUGGAACCCUCAGGUGCCCUCCGGGAGCCUGAACCUCCUGACUGAGGAACAUGGACAGACCACGUUUACCGCACAGAGUGGUCGCUGCGCUUAGGCGUGGCCGUACACACGUUCUCAGCUCAUCAUCCUUUCCAGUAACUUUAAAAGCACAUCCCUCAGGUCCUGAUAUAUUUCCCUGGAUUCAUUUCACUUGGCUAGAGAUUACACUGUGCUCAAUGCCUUAAUAAAUCCCUGAAAGAAAGAAAACCCACACUGUGUGCAAUGCCUUGCUGUGGCCCCAACCACUGCUUAGGCCUCCCAACUUCUCCCCAGGCCACGUACAGGGCCCUGGCUGCGUUCUGGAAGUUCAAGACACCUAGUCCUCUGCAGGGGGUGGAAGAGUGCAAGGCCUGCCAGGUCAGAUGGAGAAGCAGAACCUGUUGGUGCAGGCAGGGCAGGUCCUGACCAACCUGCAUCAGGGGAUGCCCUGAGCUCCACAGGUCUGUGGGCAGGGGUCAUGGGUCCUGGUGAAGGAAGUGCAUCCUCAGGCCUGGGCUGUAGCAAGCUGUCUGCCCUUGGGUUCAAGAACCAGACUGUGGAGCCACAGGUGACCAGAGGGGGCCCCAGGGCUGAGCCACAAGGAUACCCUCACUUUGCAGGAGGAGCUGAAACUGACCGGUGUCCAGUGUUUGCCCCCACAUGGGGCUACUCUUGCUUCUACUAAAAGAUAUAGCAGUUACCCCCUUAUCCACGGGGGAUACAGUCCCAGACCCCCAGUGGAUGCCUAAAACCACAGAUAACAAACCUUAUAUAUACUGUUUUUUCCUAUACAUACAUACCUGUGACUAAGUUUAUGAAUUAGGCACCUUAAGAGAUUAACAAUAAUAAAAUGUAACGGUUAUACUGUAA